GGUUGCCACGGGAGACAGCGGCGGCGCAGCAGGUGAUGGGCGCAGCCUCCUGUCCCUUUAACCGGGCGGUAUAAAUCUCAGCUCCCCGGCAGCCCCUCCUCUCCCGGCCGUCUCCUGCAGCUGACACUCCCCGCCGCUCUUAUCAUUGUGCUGUUGCCUGUCUCCGGGAUAACACUGCUCGCCCCCAUCCCUCCAGCCUCCGACCAUGUCUGCGGGAGAAGAAGCGGCCCCUGCCCAGCAGCCCCAGAAGCCCGAGGAGCAGCAGCCGCCGCCGGCGGAGGAGGAGAAGCCGGCACCGCCGCCUGAGGAUGACAAGAAGCCCGAGGAGGCUGCGGCUCCGGAGCAGGAGAAGAAGCCGGAGGAGGAGGCGGCAGCGCCCGCGGAGCCUGAAGUCACCUACAAGUCCCUGGUUCUGUCCGCACACGGCGGCUACGACAAGGUGAAGCUCCAGACCAAGAAGGGGCAGCCCAAGCCCAAGGCCGGGGAGCUGCUGGUCCGGGUCCGAGCCUGCGGGCUCAACUUCUCCGACCUGCUGGCCCGGCAAGGGGUGUGUGACCGCCUGCCGUCUAUGCCGGUCUCCCUGGGCAUGGAGUGUGCCGGCAUCGUGGAGGAGCUGGGGGAGGACGUGACUGACAGGCAGGUCGGAGACAAGGUGAUGGUCUUCUGUAGAUAUGGCUUGUGGCAAGAACUGGUCACCGUGCCAGCCAGCCGCACCUUCAUCAUGCCCGAAGGAAUGAGCUUCGAAGAGGGUGCUGCCUUCUUGGUAAACUACAUCACCGCCUAUAUGAUUAUAUUCCACUUCGGGAAUCUUAGACCAAAACAGAGCAUCCUCAUUCACAUGGCGGCAGGUGGUGUCGGUAACGCAGCCAUCCAGCUCUGUAAAACCGUGAAAGACGUCACAAUAUUUGGAACCGCAUCCGCCUCAAAGCACGAGGCGCUGAAAGAGAGCGGAGUAACCCACCUGAUCGACUACAGGACAAGCGACUAUGUGGACGAAGUCCGAAAAAUCUCCCCUAAAGGUGUUGACAUUGUCUUGGACCCCCUGGGAGGAUCAGACACUUGUAAAGGUUACAACUUAUUGAAGCCCAUGGGGAGACUGGUGAUCUAUGGGGCUGCCAACUUGUUGACUGGACAAAAGAAGAACAUAAUGGCUCUCGCCAAGUCUUGGUGGAACCAGUUCAGCAUAAACGCCAUGCAACUCAUCGGAGCAAACAAGGCCGUGUGUGGCUAUCUUCUGGGCCGUCUGGAUGAAGAAACGGAGCUGCUUGGGGAAGUUGUCGCUACGCUGCUUGACCUUUAUAAGCAGGGGCAGAUCAAGCCUAAAAUCGACAGUGUAUAUCCUUUUGAGCAGGUGGGUGACGCCAUGAGACAAAUGCAAGAAAAGAAAAACAUCGGCAAAGUCAUCUUGGUUCCCGAAGUGCCAAAGGAAGAGGCGAAGAAGGAAGAGAACUAAAAGGGAAGAGCUGCAGAAAGGAGCACCGAACCCUGCAGAUUGUGAAAACUGUGUCCUACUAAUGUAUGUGUGUGUCUGGGGAUAGGGGGGUGAGUGUCUGACUGAGCCCAAUUGUAAGAUGUAUAACCACUUGCUUGCCGUGAGAUGCUGUUGCCCCAUUUGGCGGCGAGCAGGUAAUGCCCGUAGAAUACGCCGGGGUAUGAAUUCCGAGAAAUCUCUGACUAAAUCUGUAAAACUGCGCAAGAUUUAGCAAAAAGGGGAAUCCUGAGCCGAGCUGCGGGGGACUUUUCUGGUUUGAUUGAAUCUGCUGCAGUUGUGAUUUUCCGACUGAGACUUCUUUAGGGUUCCCUUCAGGUCUUUACACAGUAACAUUCCAGGUAUUGGGUUGCGAUCUCGCUGAGGGGCCGUUACACUAUUUGUCCCCACCGUCCAUUUUUUUUUUUUAUAUUUUUUUAUUAGGUCACUCCAUAUUGUAACUUUGCCUAACUCUUUGUUCAAACUGUGGUCGCUUGUUUUCAUUUGUUUAAAGGGGUACUCCACUGGCCAGCUUUCCGAACGCUGUGGGGGUCGGCCACGCCCUGUCAGGUCACGCCCCCUCAAUGCAGGUCUAUUGGAGGGGGCGUGACGGUAGUCACGCCCCUUCCCAUAGACUUGCAUUGAGGGGACGCGAUCUGACAUCAAGGGGGCGUGGCCAACCCCUGCAUCACGCACACAUCUUUCACAACUAAAUGUUCUGAAUGCUGGUCAGUGGAGUACCCCUUUAAAUGUAAUCACCACUAUAUAUAAAAAAAAAUUUGCAACGAGAAAGAGAAAGCGUCAAUGGAACAAAUGAGUUGCUAUAAAUCAUGAAGUCACAUGACACCAGUGAAGGUUCGUAGACAACCAGAUUUUUUUUUUCUUUUUAAUUGGAUACGUUGCCUUCCGUAUCUAUAAAAAUAAUUUCACUGAAGUUUUACUAUAUGUCCUGUCGAGCACAACUUGGAUCCAGUCGCUGUCUCAGACUAGAUUCUAGCACAAACUGUAGCAAUUUCCUUGUCCUAGGUUUCGGUAACUUUUUAGCCGCUCACCCGGUAUAGUCAUCUGAAGAAGAGAUGGUAAAUCGUAGCUAAGCUUUAAAGAUGAGCGAUAAAUGAAGAGUAGAUCUUAAUGGGGCACUCCAGAGGGAAA